AUGGGAUCAACAGCCAAUUCUCUCGUGCUGGAGCCGGCUACCCCGGAAGACGUCCCUGCGAUCACAGAGGUGUGGUUCGCUGCGUUGACACAGCCAGUGAUUGGGCACCUAUUUCCCAACACCCUCGGUAUGCACAAGUGGCACCAGGACUGGCACCAUGGCGACUUUCAGACGAAGCCGUACCAAAAGUACCUGCGCGUGGUUGACGUCAACUCGAAGGAUGAGCAAAGCCGAUCGCGGCUAGUUGCCUUUGGCAAAUGGGACCUGUCCAUGCCCGAAGAGCGAGGUCGUCGCUUUUCGCAUUGGCAUGCGGACUCACCUUUUCAGGAAUGCGAGGACUUCAUUUCAGCGCUCGAGAAGGAGAGGAAGCGCGUUUACCGCUCCGCACGAAUUUUCGAACUGUUCGAAAUUCGCGAAUUUCGUCGAAUCGAAUCGAAUUCGAACCUUGGUUUUUGGGCUUCGAAUCUAUGGGCGAUUCGAUUCGUCAAAAUUCGCGAAUUUCGAACAGGUUCGCGAACUAUUAUCUAG